GAGCGCGCGGCGGCGGUGGCCAUGCAGGCGGCCGGGGCGCGCGGACUGGCGGCGCUCUGCUGCCUGGGGCUGCUGGGCACCGUGGCGCGCGUCGCGGCCACGCACUACCGCUUCCUCUGGAGGGGCUGCUACCCGUGCCACCUGGGCCGGGCCGGCUACCCCGUGGGCGCCGGCGAGCCGAGGCCAGACGUGGACGAGUGUCGCCUGCGCAACGGGGGCUGCCAGCAGCGCUGCGUGAACACGCCCGGCUCAUACCUGUGCGAGUGCAGCGCUGGCUUCCGGCUCCACGCGGAUGGGAGGAGCUGCCUUGCCAUCAACUCGUGCACCGUGGGCAAUGGCGGCUGUCAGCACGAAUGCGUGCAGCUCACGGCUGCCCAGCACCGCUGCCAGUGCCGGCCUGGCUUCCAGCUGCAGGAAGACGGCAAGCGCUGUGCGAGGCGAAGCCCGUGCGCAGAGCGGAACGGCGGCUGCAUGCACACGUGCCAGGCAGCCCAGGGUCUGGCUCGCUGCUCGUGCCACGCCGGCUACCGGCUGGCUGCUGACCGCAGGACCUGCGAAGAUGUGGAUGAGUGUGCCACGGGGCUGGCCCGGUGCGCCCACGGCUGCCUCAACACCCAGGGCUCGUUCAAGUGUGUGUGCCACGCAGGCUACGAGCUGGGCGCCGAUAGCCGGCAGUGCUACCGCAUUGAGAUGGAGAUCGUGAACAGCUGUGAGCUGGACAACGGCGGCUGCUCCCACGGCUGCGCCCACAGCCCAGAGGGUCCCCAGUGCUCCUGCCCCCACGGCUACAUGCUGGAUGACGACAGGAAGACAUGCCUGGACAUUGAUGACUGUGCCCAGGCGCCCUGCUGCCAGCAGGUAUGCACCAACACGCCCGGCGGGUAUGAGUGCGGCUGCGCCGCGGGCUACCGGCUCAGCGCCGACGGCUGCGGGUGUGAAGACGUGGACGAGUGCGCCUCGGAGCACGGCGGCUGCGAGCAGCGCUGCACCAACCUGGCAGGCUCCUUCCGGUGCUCCUGCGAGGCCGGCUACCGGCUGGACGAGGACCUCCGGGGCUGCUCCCCGCUGGAGCUGCUCGAGGUGGACCUGGCCGGACAACUGCCCUUCGCGCGGCCACUGCCCCACGUGGCGGUGCUCCGGGACGAGGAGCCGCUGCUCUUCCAGGAGGACUACGCGGGGGCCGAGGAGGAGGUGGCCGAGGCCCGGGGCGAGCACUCCCUACAGGAGCGGUUCGUCUGCCUGGACGGCUCCUUCGGCCACGACUGCAGUGUGACGUGUGCUGACUGCAGGAACGGGGGCGCCUGCCUGCCUGGCCUCGAUGGCUGUGACUGCCCUGCGGGCUGGACUGGGCUGGUCUGCAACGAGACCUGUCCCCCGGACACCUACGGGAGGAACUGUACCCUCUCCUGCCGCUGCCAGAACGGGGGCACCUGUGACCCAGUCACGGGAGCCUGUCACUGCCCGCCGGGCGUGGGGGGCGUCCACUGUGAGGACGGCUGCCCCCAGGGCUUCUACGGCCCCCAUUGCCGCAGGAAGUGCCACUGUGCUCACCGCGGGCGCUGCCACCGCGUCCACGGUGCCUGCCUGUGUGACCCUGGGCGCUACGGUCGUUUCUGCCACCUGCCCUGCCCGGCCUGGGCCUUCGGGCCUGGCUGCUCUGAGGAGUGUCGCUGUGAGCCGAGGGGAACGCGGGCCUGCGACAGGAAGGACGGCAGCUGCUCCUGCAAGGCCGGCUUCGGAGGCGCUCGUUGCCAGGCCGAGUGCCAGCCCGGCUUCUUCGGACCUGGGUGCCAGCAAGUGUGCUCCUGCCUGCCAGGUGUGGCCUGCGACCCUGUCAGCGGCCAGUGUGGGGUGCUGUGUCCCGCGGGCCUGAGGGGGAAGGACUGCGACCAAGAGUGUCCCGUUGGCACGUUCGGGCUGAACUGCUCCAGCUCCUGCUCGUGUGAGGGGGGCCCCUGUGACGCGGUCACCGGUCAGUGUGACUGCCCCCCCGGGAAGACGGGCCUUGGCUGUGCGGCAGUCUGUGUGGAGGGCACCUUCGGGGCGCGCUGUGAGGGGCGCUGCGCCUGCCGCCGGGGUGCCCAGUGCCACCAUGUGACCGGUGCCUGCCUCUGCCCCCCGGGAUGGAGGGGCCCCCGGUGCGAAGAAGCCUGCCCAGCUGGCCGAUUUGGAGAAGAGUGUGCCCAGCGCUGCCAGUGCCCCCCGGACGCCCCCUGCCACCACGUCACCGGGGCCUGCAGCUGCCCCCCUGGCCUCCGUGGGCCCGGCUGUGCGCAGGCCUGCCCGCCUGGCACCUUUGGGGAGCGCUGCACACAGCAGUGCCAAUGUCCUGGGGACCAUCACACCUGCCACUCUGCCUUGGGGUGCGUCUGUGCUGCUGGCUUCCAUGGCCCCAGCUGCCGGCAAGCGUGCCCGCCCGGGCGCUUUGGGCCUGGCUGCCAGCAGCUGUGUCAGUGUCUUAAUGGGGGCUCCUGCGACCCGGCCUCGGGCACCUGCCGCUGCCCCGCGGGCUUCCUCGGGCCCGACUGCGGCCUCGCCUGCCCGCCCGGCCGCGCUGGCCCCGGCUGUGCCUGUGUGUGUAGGUGUGGGCCAGAGGCGGUCUGCGACCCUGUGACCAGUGCAUGCAGCUGCCCUCCAGGGAGGACUGGCUCCCAGUGUGAGCAUGGGUGUCCCCAGGACCGGUUUGGAGUGCACUGUGAGCAGGAGUGUCUGUGCAGGAAUGGGGGGCUCUGCCACGCGGCCACCGGCGCCUGCUCCUGUGGUCCCGGCUGGACGGGGCUCCACUGCGAGCUGUCCUGCCCCCCGGGGCUCUAUGGGGCUGCCUGUCGCCUGCCGUGUGCCUGCGGGAACAGCAGCUGCGACCCUGCCACGGGUGCCUGUGUGUGCCGCGCCGGGGUCUACGGCCCCUCCUGCCAGCACCCCUGUCCCCCCGGUUUUCACGGACCCGGCUGCCGCGCGGCCUGCGCAUGUCAGCACGGGGCCUCCUGCGACCCCGUCAGUGGACGCUGCCUCUGCCCGGCCGGCCUGCAGGGCCAGUCCUGUGAGCAGUGGUGUGCGCCCGGCUCCUUCGGGCAGGACUGUCUUGGGCGGUGCAACUGCCAGGGCGGGGCUCCCUGUGACCCCACCACCGGCCGCUGCCUCUGUCCCCCGGGACGCACGGGGCCCACCUGUGACCUUGGAUGCAGAAGGGGCUUCUUUGGGCCCGACUGUGCCCUGCGCUGCGACUGCGGGGGCGGGGCGGACUGCGACCCCGAGAGUGGGCAAUGCCACUGCCUGGACGGCGCCACGGGGCCCACGUGCCGCCAGGGGCCCAUACUCCCCGCAGCCCCCACAGAGCCCGGAGCGCCUGCAGCAUGAAGUCCACCAAGGCCACCCAGACCAGCAGAGCACCCUGGGCGCUGGCGCUGAGGAGGGGGUUGGACCCAGGACGGCAAGGACCCCUCUCCUGGAGGACACCCUCCCGUCUCUGAGCCCGCAUACUGCCCGAGCCGGGCCCUGCCCGCCUGCGUGGCUUCUGUUGCCCUCCCUUGGGGCCCUGCGUGUAUUUAUGGACAUGCCCACCGCACCUGUGCUGGGGCCGCACCUGUGCUGGCGCCCAGGAGUGACCCCGGGGGCCUGUGGUGCGG